AUGGACCACGACACCAACUCAAUUGGCGUGAGUGAUCAAGCAGCUGAUGGUGAUCAUAGUGUUAAUGCCAACAACAACAAUAAUAAUAAUGAAUUACAAGCAGUAGAUUUAAUUAAUAAUGCAGAUGAUAAUGUAUCAUUAUGUCCAUCAGAUGUAAACAUUAUCAGUCAAAAUGAUAAGUUAAAACAACAACAACAACAAGCAGAGGAAGAAGGAGCAGACAAAAAGAAAAAGAAAAAAGGGUUCUUUGGAAAGAAGAAAAAGGAUGGUAAAGAAGAUGAUAAACCAGCAGAGGAAAAGAAGCCAAUGGUUAGUUUCUUUGAGUUGUUUAGAUAUGCUACUUUGACUGAAAAGAUGUUAAUGUUUUUCGGCUCUUUGGCUGCCUUGGCCAAUGGUGUUGCUAUGCCAGCUAUCAGUUUAGUUGCCGGUCAGAUGGUUGAUAGCUUCAGACCCGAGAACUUUAAUGACCCCGACUACAAGCUAGGUGCCGAAGUCGCUAAAAUAGCAGUGUACUUUGUAUACAUUGGUAUUGGUACAUUGGUAUGUUCCUACAUUGAAACAUCCAUGUGGAUGAUUGCCGGUGAACGCCAAGCAAAGACCGUUCGUCAAGAGUACCUCAAAGCCAUCCUCAGACAAGACAUUGGUUGGUUUGAUGUAACCAAGUCAUCGGAAUUGGCGACUCGUAUCUCAAGUGACACCCUUCUCUACCAAGAAGGUAUCGGUGAAAAGGUUGGAAACUAUAUUCAUCACAACUCUACUUUUCUUUGUGGUUUCAUUAUUGGUUUUACCAAGGGUUGGCAAUUAACUUUGGUUAUUUUAUCAGUUACUCCAUUAUUGGCAAUUGCUGGUGGAUUUGUUGCAAAGGUUAUUUCAGAGUUUGCAAUUGAAGGACAAAGAGCAUAUGCAAAGGCUGGUAGUGUUGCUGAGGAAAAGUUGGGUGCCAUUAGAACUGUGUCUAUGUUUUCGGGAGAGGAAAAGGAAACCAAUCGUUAUGCUGAAAACUUGGAGGAAGCUUUAGCUAUCGGUCAUAAAAAGGGAUAUACUAAUGGUGCUGGUAUUGGUGCUGUAUUGUUUGUUAUCUUUGGUACUUAUUCAUUGGCAUUCUGGUAUGGUUCUAAAUUGAUCUUUGACGGUACCAACAAUGCAAUCACUGGUAAUCCAUGGACUGGUGGUGAUGUAUUGACUGUAUUGUUCUCUGUCAUUAUCGGUGCUAUGGCUUUAGGUCAAGCUGCUCCUUCAAUGGCCGCCUUUGCCGCUGCUAGAGCUGCAGGCCAUAGUAUAUUCUCAAUCGUUGAUCGUAAAUCAUUAAUUGAUCCACUAUCCAAGGAUGGUAAGAAACUCGAGACUGUUCAAGGUAACAUCGAGUUCGAACACGUCCAGUUCUCGUAUCCAUCACGUCCAGAUGUUCCCAUCUUCCAAGAUUUCACCCUAUCGAUCAAGGCCGGACAGACUGUUGCCCUAGUCGGUGACAGUGGUGGCGGCAAGUCAUCAGCCGUAUCUCUCUUGGAACGUUUCUACGAUCCAACCGGCGGUCGUAUUCUAUUGGACGGUAGUGAUCUCAAAGAUAUCAAUGUCAAGUCACUUCGUGAUAACAUUGGUCUCGUCAGUCAAGAACCAGUGUUAUUUGCUGUAAGUAUCAUUGAGAAUAUUAGAUAUGGACGUGAAGAUGCUACAAUGGAUGAGAUUAUCGCCGCUACCAAGGCUGCCAACGCUCACGAUUUUAUCAGUAGUUUGCCGGAAGGCUAUGAUACAUUGGUGGGAGAAAAGGGAGUUCAAAUGUCUGGUGGUCAGAAACAACGUAUUGCUAUUGCCCGUGCUAUGAUUAAAGACCCAAAGAUCCUAUUACUCGAUGAAGCUACCUCUGCGUUGGAUGCUGAAUCAGAACAUCUUGUACAAGCAGCCAUCAAUCGUCUCAUUCAAGGUCGUACCAACAUUAUCAUUGCUCACAGACUUACAACCGUUCAACAUGCCGAUGUCAUCGCUGUCGUACGUGGUGGAGCUAUUGUCGAACAAGGUAAACAUGCCGAACUCUUGGCAUUGAACGGUGUCUACACCUCACUCGUUCAAAGACAACAAGCUAGCUCUGAAGAGGACAAACUCAAGGCCAAAAUCCUCCAAGAAAAGACUGGCAAUGCCGAUGACAUGGGUCUCGCCAAAAAAAUGCAAGAAACUGUCAAGGAUCAAGAAGAAGAACCAGAUAUUCAAGAACUUCUCGCCAAGGAAAAGUUGGAACAAGAACAAUUAAAGAAAAAGGAAAUUGAAAUGGUUAAUCUCACUCCAGAGGAAAAAGAAGCAAGAGACAAGGCAGCAACCAAAAAGAAACAAAAAGAGAUGCUCAAACAAAAGGUACCACUUCGUAGACUAUUAAAAAUGUCAUCACCAGAAAUCCAUCUAUUCAUCAUGGGUUGUAUUGCAGCUCUCUGCACAGGUUCUGUCAAUCCAAUCUUUUCCAUUCUCUUGGCUGAAAUUUUAACAGUCUUCCAAAACCCAGAUAUGGAUACUCUUAAAAAAGAAGCUGCUAUGAUGGCCAUUUGGUUCUUGAUCGUUGCCAUAGGUAGUGGUAUUGCUCAUUUCGUUCAAAUCGUUUGUUUUAAUCAUAUUGGUGAAAGACUUACAUUCCGUUUACGUCAUAUCUCAUUCCGUAGUAUUAUUCGUCAAGAAAUUGGAUGGUUUGAUAUGCCAGAGAAUGCAACAGGUGUAUUGACCACUAAUCUUGCCAAGGAUGCUACGCUUGUCCAGGGUCUCUCUUCAGACAGAUUAGGUCUGUUACUACAAAACUUGAUUACUGCUUUAGUAGGUCUCAUCAUUGCCUAUGUGAGUGGUUGGAAGUUGGCUCUUGUAGUAACUGCCACUAUCCCAGCCAUCAUCUUGGCAGGUAAGCUAGAGUUGGACUUUAUGCAAGGUUUCUCUCAAAAGUCAAAGGACGCUUAUGCAAAUGCUGGCCAAGUAGCCAGUGAGGCCAUCGGAGCCGUUCGAACAGUCGCAUCAUUCUCAUCGGAAGAAAAGAUAUUCAAAAACUAUGAAAAGAAACUAGCCGGUCCCAUGUCGAUGGGUUUCAAGAAUGCUCAAGUCUCGGGUAUUGCCAUGGGAUUCUCUCAAUUUGUCAUAUUUGCCGUGUACGCACUAUCCUAUUGGUAUGGUGGUCGACUAGUAGACAGCAAUGAAUGGCCAGCAUCCGACUCUAAACUCGCAGACACAUGUGCCGGUCCUUUUGGUGGACCAAAUGAUUUCUGGCCCUCCGAGUCAGUUUGCAUCAAUGCUAUCAAUGCAAUUGAAGGUUUUGGUGUAAUGAUGAGAGUGUUCAUGGCUAUUGUCCUUUCCUCACAGGGUAUUGGUCAGAGCUUUUCGUUCGCACCUGACAUGGCCAAAGCCAAAACAGCCACGCUAUCCAUCUUUGCUCUCAUUGAUCGUGUCUCCAAGAUUGACCCAUUUAUCAACAAGGGUACCACCGUCAACCCAACUGAAAUUCGUGGAGACAUUGAAAUUAAAAACUUGCAUUUCACCUACCCAUCAAGACCCAACAAGAAGAUUUUCAAUGGAUUGAACCUUGUCAUUCCAGCUGGAUCAAAGGUUGCUUUGGUCGGUUCAUCAGGUGGUGGUAAAUCCUCUAUCAUCUCGUUACUCGAACGUUUCUACGAUCCAGCUCAAGGUGAAAUUACCAUCGAUGGACAAGAUAUUCAUGGUAUGAAUCUCAAAUCACUCCGUUCGAUCCUUGGUCUCGUCGGUCAAGAACCAACUCUAUUCUCUGGAACUGUCUAUGACAAUAUCGUCUAUGGAAAACCCAACGCUACCAUGGAAGAGGUUGAAACUGCAGCCAAGUCUGCCAAUGCUCAUGACUUUAUCUCUGCACUUCCAAAUGGCUACCAAACUCAACUUGGUGACAAGUACACUCAAUUAUCUGGUGGUCAGAAACAACGUGUCGCCAUUGCCCGUGCUAUCAUUCGUCAACCCAAGAUCCUAUUACUCGAUGAAGCUACAUCUGCGCUCGAUUCCAAGAGUGAAAAGGUUGUACAAGCAGCUCUUGAUAACAUUAUGAAGGGCAAGACAGCGAUUGUGGUUGCUCAUCGUCUCUCUACGAUUAUUGACAGUGACAUUAUCGCCGUCAUUCACAAUGGUACCAUCAUUGAACAAGGUAAUCACAGAGAAUUAAUGGACCUCAAUGGUUUCUAUAGCAGAUUGGUUUCAAAACAAAUUCAAUAA